GAAGUUGGAACACCGAUCUCCAUUGUUCAUUUUCCCGGAAAAAAAAAAACCUACGGCUCAUCGAGGAAGACAAAUUACAUCAUCUGCACAGCAGCAGAAGCAGAAGUAAUAUGAGUUAUCAGCGAGUUCCUCAAGAUCCUUAUCCUCCUCCUGGCUACGCCUCUCCUUACCCCCCACCUGGCUACCCCUCUGCUCCACCACCACCUCCGUCUCACCAGCCUUACGAAGGAUAUCCGCCUCCGCCUCCUGGUUAUCCUCAGCAGCAACGCCCGCCGUACGAGGGUUACCAAGAGUAUUUUUCUGAAGGGUAUCCACCACCGCCGCCGCCACCUGGUCAUCCUCAAUACCAACACUGCCACCACUACGAGCAUCACCAUCACCAGAAUCAUUAUGAUGAUGGCUGUUUAUCUUUCUUAAAAGGCUGUUUGGCUGCUCUAUGUUGCUGCUGCGUGUUGGAGGAAUGCUGCUGCUUCUGCUUAUAAAUCGUUGAUCGAGGAAAAUUCUGCUUCGCACUUCCUUGAGUCUUUUACCAUUCUACAAUCAUAUGCUUGUAUUGUAGUUUAUCUACUAAAAACUUUAUAAAUCCAAGUUUGCAUUAUAGAUACAGGCUGCUCUCGGUUCUUGUUGUAUAUCAUGUUAUUUGUAUCAUAUGUGUUGGAUAUCAGCAUGCUGGUGUUUCUCAUG